AUGACACUUCCUGCACUUGAGUGGGCUUUGCAAACACUCUGUACUUUUACAGAUCUGCAAAAGUACUGGGAGAGUGAUUUUUAUGAUCAAGCAGCCUUUCUUGCACUUGAGCUUUGCACCAAAGCUCGUCACAAUGGUCAGAACUAUGUAUUUGCUCUUCUAACUGGUUACCAUGAUCCUCCUGCUGGUGUUUCAAUCCGAGAAGGGUUGCAUUAUAAUCCUUACUUUCCUGGGGGAGCCAUUGCUAUGCCUAAAAUGCUUAUUGAUGGUGCUGUUGAGUAUGAAGAUGUUUCCCCUGCAACGGAAUCUCAGAUGGGAAAAGAUGUUGUGACAUUUUUGUCAUGGGCUGCAGAACCAGAAAUGUAAUAGAGAAAACUGAUGGGAUUCAAGUGGAUAUUUGUACUGUCAUUGGCAUUGCUUCAAGCUGCUUAUUACAGGCGCAUGAGGUGGUCUGUUCUCAAGUCUCGUAAGUUGGUGCUCGAUGUCGUCAACUAGAUAUAUCCUCUUGUGGGAGGACUUGAA